UUUAGCAUAUAAAUACCGUGGUGGCUGCUCACAAAGUCAUCAGUUAUCUGUUUCGUUUUGAUCAAUACAGCAAAUCAAAAACAAAUCAUUUACAAUGGCCGCCAAAAUGAUCGUAUUCGCCGCCUGCGUGGCUUCCGCUCUCUCACAAUACGCCGCCCCAGCCUACAAACCCGCAUACGCCGCCCCCGCUUACCCAGCGCCAAAGGCCUACGCUCCAGAACCCGCAUACGCUCCAGCCCCAUACAACUUCGAGUACAGCGUCAACGACCCAACCACCUACGACGUCAAGAGCCAACAGGAAUACGCCGACGGAAACGGAUACGUCAAGGGAUCGUACAGUUUGGUCGAACCCGACGGUUCCACCCGCGUCGUCGAAUACACCGCCGACGACUACAACGGUUUCAACGCUGAAGUCAAGAAAAUCGACGGAGGAUACAAGGCCCCGUACAGCGCCCCAGCAUACAAGCCAGCUCCUUACUCCGCCCCAGCCUACAAACCAGCCUACGCCGCCCCCGCUUACCCCGCACCAGCCUACAAACCAGCUCCAUACAAACAAUACUGAUUCGAACAAAACUAUUAAUUUCUAUGACGACAUAGAAAUCAUGUAAAUUAUUGUUUCAGCCAAACGUCGCGUUCAUAUUGAGCUGCGUAUGUGCCUAGUCUGAAUUCAUUUCCAUCAACAAAUGUAUUUAUUUUGUAAAUAUACGCCAUCUCGAUUUGCCGAUAAAAAAAUAUGCGUCAGUUUAUUUUCACACAUGUUAUCAACCU